CUUCCCGCCCUUCCUCGUCAACAAUGUUUCCCGCGCUUUUCAGCAUCUCACAGUGGGGGAAGGAAGCGCGUUCUCCUGUUGAUUCUGACAAGAGACAAUACAGUGUUUAACCAUGUCUGAGCAACCUACUUCCCCAUCCGCUGCCAUUAGCUCUCCUGAGCCUACGACCCCUAGCAGGUCAAGUCAAAGACGCAGGCGAUCGUCUCGGGGUUCUAAUGUGGAUCCAGUAACAUCCUCCCCUGGUCGUGACCUGCCAGCAUUUGAAGAUGAGAGUGAUCUGAUUGGGAAUGAUGCACCUGUGGAAGAAGAGGAGGAUGGAGAAGAACUUUUUGGAGAUAACAUGGAAAAUGACUACCGACACAUUCCUGAGCUGGAUGUGUAUGAUCGUGAUAACCUGGAUGAUUCCGAGUACUCUGUACUGAGUGAAGGAGAUAGGGUGGCUGCUGAGGCUCACAUGAGAAAGCGAGACCGUGAAGAGGGACGUGCUACAGGUGGAAUGCGCAGAGGAUUCCUCUAUGAUGAGAGUGAUGAUGAAGAGGAUCGGCCAUCCAGAAAACGGCGCCUAGCUGAGAGAGCUGUGGAGGGGGAAGCUGCAGAGGAUGAAGAGAUGAUUGAAUCCAUUGAGAACUUAGAAGAUUUGAAAGGACAUACUGUACGAGAGUGGGUGUCCAAGCUGGGGCCGCGAACUGAAGUAUACAACCGUUUCAAGAAUUUCCUGCGCACUUAUGUCAAUGAUAAGGGAAAUAACCUUUACAAGGAUAAAAUUCGUCAAAUGUGCGAAGAAAACAAAUCCUCCUUUGAUGUGGAUUACAAUAUACUUGCUGCGGAGGAGCAAGUACUUGCUUUCUUUUUGCCUGAGGCUCCAACGGAAAUGUUGGAGAUCAUGGACUCAGCAGCCAAGGAUGUCACGCUCUCCAUGUUUCCCCAGUAUGAGAGGAUUACCAGAGAGAUUCAUGUCAGGAUCACAGACCUUCCCCUGAUUGAAGAGCUCCGUUCUUUGAGGCAGUUGCAUUUAAAUCAGCUGAUUCGUACAUCUGGUGUUGUCACAGCCACAACGACCAUACUUCCCCAGCUCUCAAUUGUGAAAUAUGAUUGUAACAAGUGUUCCUUUGUGCUAGGACCUUAUGUUCAGUCACAGUCAACAGAAGUCAAGCCUGGGUCCUGCCCAGAAUGCUUGAGCAAGGGUCCUUUUACGAUCAAUAUGGAACAGACUGUUUACCAAAAUUACCAGAGAAUUACUCUUCAGGAAUCCCCUGGAAAGGUAACGGCUGGUCGACUUCCACGCUCCAAGGACAUCAUUCUUCUUGGGGAUUUGUGUGACAUGUGUAAGCCUGGUGAUGAAAUAGAGGUAACAGGCGUGUACAGUAACAACUAUGAUGGCUCCUUGAACACCAACCAAGGUUUUCCAGUGUUUGCAACAAUUAUUAUGGCCAAUCAUAUAGCCAAGAAGGACAAUACCAAUGCUGUGAAAGGUCUCACAGAUGAAGAUAUCAAGUCCAUUGUAAGCCUUAGCAAGGACCAGAGAAUUGCUGAAAGAAUUGUUUCUUCUGUGGCCCCCUCCAUUUAUGGACAUGAGGACAUCAAAAGGGCCCUUGCACUCUCUCUCUUUGGCGGAGAAACAAAAAAUCCUGGAGAGAAGCACAAGGUUCGUGGUGACAUCAACGUCUUACUGUGUGGUGAUCCAGGAACGGCUAAGUCACAGUUCCUCAAAUAUGUUGAGAAGAUUGCUCCUCGUGCAGUGUUUACCACUGGUCAGGGUGCAAGUGCUGUGGGUCUGACGGCCUACGUGCAGCGGUCACCUGUGACCCGGGAGUGGACCUUGGAGGCAGGAGCGUUGGUCCUGGCUGACAAGGGUAUUUGUCUUAUUGAUGAGUUUGACAAGAUGAAUGAUGCUGACCGUACCAGCAUACAUGAAGCUAUGGAACAACAGAGCAUCUCCAUCUCCAAGGCUGGCAUUGUCACCUCCCUGCAAGCCCGCUGUGCUGUGAUGGCUGCAGCAAAUCCUAUUGGAGGCAGAUAUGAUCCUUCAAUGACUUUUGCUGAAAAUGUUGAUCUGUCGGAGCCCAUUCUUUCCCGUUUUGACAUCUUGUGUGUAGUGCGGGACAUCGUGGACCCUCUCCAGGAUGAACACUUGGCACGCUUUGUAGUUGGUUCACACGUUCGCCAUCACCCACUGGCUACUGCUGCUGAUGUUGCUGCUUUUCCAACGGAGGGUGCAGUGACUGGUGGAGCUAAUUUGGCUGGGGUAGAGAAGAUCCCACAGGACCUAUUGAGGAAAUACAUCAUAUAUGCUAGAGAGAAGGUUCAUCCCAAGUUGCAUCAGAUGGACCAGGACAAGGUUGCAAAAAUGUAUUCAGAGCUGAGGCGAGAGUCUAUGUCUACAGGAAGUAUUCCCAUCACUGUACGUCAUAUUGAAAGCAUGAUCCGUAUGGCUGAGGCUCAUGCCCGCAUGCACCUCCGAGAUCAUGUCCAUGAGGAUGAUGUCAACAUGGCUAUCAGAGUGAUGCUGGAAUCUUUCAUUGACACUCAGAAGUUCUCAGUCACUCGUACUAUGAAGAAGAACUUUGCAAGAUACUUGUCCUACAAACGUGACAACAAUGAGUUGCUCUUCUUCCUGCUGCGGCAACUGGUGCAUGAGCAGACCACUUACAUGCGCUCCCGUUAUGGCCCUGACCACGAUGUUGUCCAAGUCUCAGAAAAGGACCUCUUGGAUAGGGCACGGCAGAUAAAUAUUGUGAAUCUUCAGCCAUUCUUUGAGAGUGACAUCUUCAAAUGCAACAGCUUCACUCAUGCCAAAAGGAAGAUCAUUGUGCAGGCAUUCUAAAUGAUUGCCUUGAACAAUGGGUACAGGAAUGACAUAGUAUUAUUUUUUUGUACAUUUUUAUCAUAAUCAUGAUUGUAAAUGAUCUGACAGUUUUGUGGUUGUUUGCAAUUACUUGUAUAGAUUUUGAUGUAUUUUUAAGAGCUUUUCAUAAAUUUAAUCUGUAA